UACGUCAACGAUAUCUCCGCAUCCGCCGGACACCAUUUCUGAAGCGGAAAGAUGGAUUCUUUUUGUCCGUUGAUAAAACGUCCGGACUUAGUAGUUCGUGCGGUACCUUUGCCAGGUGCAUAUCAGCUGCCAUGUCGCCUCGUCAAUCAUUACCGGUACAAUUCUUUCGACGUUUACUGACAAACUCGCAAAGAUUGAAUACUUAUCGAGGAUUGAAGUCUCACACAGGCUCAAGAUCGACUUUCUGGCAGAAUCCAAAGUUUAGCACUACAGUCAAGAUGAGCUCGGUAGGUGGUGCAGGCAUUGGUGCGGGUCUUUACGCUGCGGUGUCGAAUCCAACGCAGAUUGGUGCUCAGCCAAAGGAAGCAGAGGCCAAAGCGCACCAUCUGAAGAACGGGAAAGGAUUCACGAACCCAUGGGAUAGUUACACGGAACUCGCCGCCUACCAGAUCUUCUGGGGCAUGCUCUCACGCAGACUCACAGGCAAAUCCAACAAGCCAGACACCACACCCCCCACCGUCCCUGUCCGCACCCCGACUUUCCUCCCCGACCGAAACACGCCUAAAUUAAGAGCUACAUGGCUCGGCCACGCAUGCUACUACGUCGAGUUCCCUAACGGUCUGCGCGUCCUGUUCGACCCCGUAUUUGAAGAUUGCUGCGCGCCCGUCAAUUUCAAAGCCUUCAAACGCUUUACGCCUCCUCCAUGUGAAAUCGAGGACCUUCCCAUUGUCGAUGUCGUCGUCAUCAGUCACAGCCACUACGAUCACCUGAGCCACCCGACGACUCUGCGCAUACAGAAGAAGUUCCCGGACGCGCAUUUCUUCGUGCCCCUGGGGAACAAGACUUGGUUCAACAAGUGCGGCGUAGACAAGUGCACAGAGUUGGACUGGUGGGAGAGCAGAGAUGUGCGGUUGGACAGCCAGGAGAACGGGAAACUGGACACCGUGAGCGUGACGUCGACGGGCAGUGGAGGGAAGGGCAUCACAGCGACGAUCGGCGCACUGCCUUGCCAGCACGUCAGCGCGCGAACCCCGUUCGACAAGUGCAAGACGCUGUGGGCGAGUUGGAGCGUCGAGGCUGGCGGCGCGAAGGUGUAUUUCGCUGGCGACACAGGCUACCGCACCGUCCCCGACAUGCCCGCAUCCGAAGACGACUAUGGCCCCGCAUACGCACACCUCCCCGUGUGCCCCGCCUUUGCGCAAAUCGGCACACACCGCGGCCCCUUUGAUCUAGGCCUCAUUCCCAUCGGCGCGUACGAGCCGCGCUGGUUAUUCAGCGCUAUGCACGCCAACCCCAAGGACUCGGUGAACAUCUUCAUCGAUACAAAGUGCAAGAAGGCGCUGGGCAUGCAUUGGGGCACGUGGGUGCUUACGGAGGAGGAUGUGCUUGAGCCGCCGAGGAAACUGAAGGAGGGACUGGAGUGGAAGGGGUUGGAUCCUGGGGUGUUUGGCGUGGUGGAUAUUGGGGAGAGUAAGGAAUUCGAGAGUGGGAAGUGAUUGAUAUGGGGGAUGAUGUGAUGAGGGUGGACUUGCAUGAUUGGCAAGUUGUUAACGUGUCUGGACUGGAAACUAUGGUAUCUUUAAAUACGGAUGAGUGUGUUUUGGGAGGUACCCAUGUAUACAGUUAGUUAUACUAUCAAAUACGUGGAUUUUAUCAA